GCCGCUCAGCUUGGACUACAAACGGCUUUCGUCAACACGUUUCCUUCUGUCGCCCGCUUGAGUAUCUCCACUCUCUCUUGUGACUCACUUCCGCAAUCAUCAUGAUUUCUGAUACCUCAUCUCCGAUAGUUUCUGGAGAGCGUGGUUCUAUAAACCCGCCCGACUCCGAAGUUACUCGUCUUCAAGCGCGUCUCAUCGCCUCGGGAGCCGAGAUCAGCAUUCUUGCCACCGAGCUACGCGGCACCAGGCAGCACGUCUGUCGACUCCAACACGAGAGCGCUGCUCGGGAUGAGGUAUAUCACUCCAGCAUCGAGGAGAACAAAGCAGCAGCGGCACUACAGGACGCGGAGAUAUCAAGGCUGCGGUCUAGGUUUCAUCGAGAGCGCAACCUACGUCGGUCGAGCGAGAAGGCUGCGGAUCGUGCCGUCACGGAAGCACGAGACGCUCAUCAAGCUCUUGAGGCCCGGGCGAGGGUCGGCUUGCAGUUGUCCAUGCAGAUUGAAUGCAUCCUGGCCGCGGCGCAGCUCGACGUCAUAGAUGCCGACACCGCUUGCAGGAACUUCAAGAACCAGGAAGCUGUUUACAUCCACCGUGUCGAACGGGCCGAACUCGAGCUUCUCAGCGCGAGGGAAGAGAUAGAAGCGCUGUCUACCGCAAACAAGGUUCUCGAGUCUGAUCUAGCCAACGUUAAGCGCAAGGCUAGCGAGUUCAAAGCAUACGUGGAGGCAUUGACUCUCAAGGCCACUAACUCGCGGUCAUUAUCGACCAGAAUACUACGCCUCCCAGCUCAGGACCCUGAUCCCAACGUUGCUUCCAGAUCCAAGUCAAUGGGCGCAUCCUCUCGCUCCGCCUCCGUCACGGAAGCUCGUCCUAAUACGUUAUCACAGCCCAUCUCCGAGUUCCCUAGGGCCUCCAUGUCUAGCCAGAGAUCUUCUUCACGCGUGUCCGCGUCUUCUCGUCUGAGUCGUCCUCGCCCUGUACGCGACUCUCUCCCUCCACCUCCGCCUCCGUCGCAAAGGGAGCAGGCACUUGAAAGAGAACUAGCUGACCUCUAUGGAACGAAGCUGGCGCUCGAGAAGACUCUGAGAGAUGAGAUUGCUCUUGUGCGCGAGGAGAAGGCAGUUUUAGCACGGGCGACGCGCGCACUGCGGUCCGAUAAGCGACGCAUCACUAGGGUCUUAGGAAGUAUUGGUACUAGAAUCACGCCGAAGCCAAUGCAACGGCUUCGCAGUAUCAAGGAUAGAAAGGCUGGCCAGGGGUAUAUCAGGUCUUCGUCUCCCGGCAAUGCGUCAAGCUACCUGGCCUUACCUUCCAGGGAGGAAGAAGGCGUCUCUUUCCUACCCUCUGUCGCCCCCGAUGAUCAGCUCGAUACGGCAACAGUCUUAUCUGAUAGUCUUAGUGAUGUCUUCUGUGGCAAUAUCUCGCUUCAUGCGUCUCUUCUGACCUCCGAAGAAGCCGUCGAUGAUGUCACGAAGAACAGCCCUCCGUUCAGACGCACGCUCCUGAAGCUCAAGGCCUCUCUCGCAACCCCAUCCACUGCGUACCACACCGAUAACAGCACACCCACUAGGACGUGUUCUUAUCUCCAUCCUAGUGGCGGGGCACAUUUGGCCUCAUCGUCUAGUGGCGAUGGCGUACUUUUUGAACUCGCUACACCGUCGUCGUCGCCGCACCGGAGAGACGGGCGCCGGAACGGGAGACUGUUUGAGCGAGCCCCAGCCCUUGAUCAUCGGCACAGCGAUCGUAGAGAAGGCAAGUUUAUCGAGGAGAUGGAGGAGGGUCUUUCCUAUUUCGAUGACGAAGCAAGCGGUCUUGCCGAGAUGAAGCUGGAUAAACGCUCGAGCAGGGUAUAG